AAUGCUAUUUAACUUUUAGGUUACAAAUUGCAUGAUGAAAUUUUUGAUUAUUUAAAGAAAAAAUUUAAUACUUAAAUAAUUAAUAGAUAUUUAAAAUAACAAUAAUGUCCGAUAAAAAAGGCAAUAUUGGCCCAGAUGGCUUGACAAAAAAAGAAAGAAGGGCACUAAAAGUUAAGGCUAAGCAAGCAGAGGCAGUUACAAAUAAUGAUAAUCUUCAAGUGGCAGAUAAAUCAAAUAAAAAUGUAUGCCAUGUUAAAGCCACAAUACCCAACCAACCAAAGCAGGAAACUCCCCCACAACAACAACAAGCUGCACCAGAAAAAGUUUUAUCUGAGAAAGAAAAACGAAAGUUAGAAUGGGAAAAAAAAUUAAGUGAACAGAAUAUAGGCAAUAAAGAAAAAGAUGGUUUAAGUAAGGCAGAAUUAAAAAAUAAACGUAGAGAACAACAAGAAGCUCAAAGGCAAGCUAAAGCAAAGCAACAGGAAGAACAGAAAGUUAAAACAGGACAAAAAAAUCAGGAAGUUGCUAAGUCUAAAACUGAAACAAAAUUUGAAAAAGCAAAAUCCCCUGCAGAGAAACCUAUUAAGAAAGUUGUUAAAAAACCUGUACAAAACAAGAAAGUUCAGUUAGUUCAACAUUUGUAUAAUGAAGACUCAUUGAAAUCUGAAUAUGGUAAUUUAUUAGUAAAUUAUAAGAAUGUUCAUCCUGCUUUUGUGAGAUUAGGAGUUCAGUAUUCUGAAAAGACAAUAUUAGGUUCUAAUGCAAGGUGUUUAGCUCUGCUUUCUGCUUUGAAGCAAUUAGUUGAUGACUUGCAAACACCUCCAAAACAGGACUUUUGUAGAUAUUUGGAGAGUGUCCUUCAAUCAUGCACAACAUAUUUACAAAACUGUAGACCAUUUGCAGUGUCUAUGACCAAUGCAUUAAGGCAUUUCAAACUCCAACUUCAACAUAUUGAUAAUAAAUUAUCUGACAAUGCAAAAAAAGCUAAAUUAAUAAGUGUGAUUGAAGAUUAUAUUAAUGAUGACAUUAAAAAAGCUGGAGAUGCAAUUAGUAUAAAAGUUAUUGAGAAAAUUACUAAAGGUGACGUAAUUUUGACUUAUGGAUGCUCUUCACUGGUUAGGCGAAUCCUUCUAGAAGCGCACGAAGAAGGCAAAGAUUUUGAAGUGAUUGUCGUCGAUGGAAGACCUUUCCUGGAGGGUAGAGAAUUAUUAAGAAGGCUUGUUCAAGCUGGAAUAAAAUGUUCGUAUGUUCUCAUCAACUCGCUCAGUUAUGUUAUGGGCAACGUGAACAAAGUUUUAUUGGGAACACACGCCCUUCUCAACAAUGGAUACGUUAUGUCGCGAAUAGGCACUGCGCAAGUUGCUUUGGUUGCUAAUGCGUUCAACAAGCCUGUGUUGGUUUGCUGUGAAACCUAUAAAUUUUCGGAAAAGGUUCAAACAGAUUCUUUUGUAUAUAAUGAAAUAGGUGACGAAAAAUCACUUUUGGUAGUGGACACUCUUCAGGACGGUAACAUUUUAAAAUCGUUGAAGGAAAGUGGUAAAUUGGUAUCUCUAAAUUUAUUAUACGACGUAACACCACCGGAUUUAGUAACGGCUGUAGUCACAGAAUUGGCUAUUUUGCCCUGCACAAGUGUACCAGUUGUAUUAAGAAUUAACGCUAAUGAGUCUAACUAACAAAUGUGUAAAAUAUAAUUUGAAAUCAAA